AUGGCGGCCAUAGCUCGAUUCCAACUCCUCCAGCCAUCUUCGGUUGUGAAACCAUCAGUGAUUUUAUCAAAGCUCUCUCACUCUACCCCUAUCAAAGCUCUCUCACUCUACGGCACUCGUAUUCGUAAACUCUCCGUCCGCCGUUUCUGCUGCGCUUCAGACCAAACCCCCGAGAUUUCUUCGAAUUCUGGUUCGUGUUCGUCUAUAGUUGCUGAUCUUCUGGAUUAUCUCAAUGAGUCCUGGACUCAAUUUCAUGCUACAGCUGAAGCAAAACGACAAUUAAUUGCUGCUGGAUUUCAUUUGCUAAAUGAGAGUGACGAAUGGGACCUGAAACCUGGUGGACGCUACUUCUUUACGCGGAACAUGUCCUGUUUGGUUGCUUUUGCCAUUGGGGAAAAGUAUUCAACUGGUAGCGGUUUUCAUGUAAUUGCUGCGCACACAGAUAGUCCGUGUCUGAAACUAAAGCCAAAGUCUGCCUCAUCAAAAUCUGCCUAUCUUAUGGUCAACGUGCAAACUUAUGGUGGUGGUUUAUGGCACACUUGGUUUGAUAGGGAUUUAAGUGUUGCUGGAAGGGUCAUAGUGAGAGGAGAUGAUGGUUCCUUAUUGCAUAAGCUUGUCAAAAUAAAGAGGCCUCUGUUACGAGUUCCUACACUGGCAAUUCAUCUUGACCGCACUGUGAAUACGGAUGGGUUCAAACCAAAUCUGGAAACUCACCUUAUCCCACUGUUGGCAAUGAAGCUUGAGGACGGAUCAGCUGAGCAUAAUCCAUCACCCCCAAAAGAUGCUCAUCAUCCACUGCUUAUGCAGGUAUCACUGUAUUUUUUGUUUUGAUUUGAUUGGAAUAAAUGCUGAGUUAUAUUUUAAGGAGGCUGUGUGGAUGGACUACUAAUGGCAUAAUGGUCCUUGUGUCGGAGAGUGGGUUGUGAGAAAAUCCUUCUUAAGAACCCUUGUAUGCAGUUCUAUCAAAAGGAAGAAAAAGUUCACAAUAUCAGCAGUAAUGAAAAUAGGGACCAGUAUACUGCUGAAACAAGUAAUAGGGAAAAUUACCAGCAAGCUUGUCUAGAAGUAUAUAUGAUCUUGAUAUUACACUAACCAUAAAACCUGAAAACAAUGUUUUAACAGAAGACCCAGCCACUACCAUUCUGGUAGGUGGUGUCAAGAGAGAGAAUUACUAGGUGGUUUAAAAUUCAUUUGGCUCAAGCUAACCUAUUGCAAGAUUCCAUUUCAAAAAGUGACAUAGUUCAGCCUAGUGUUAUUUAAGUCAUAAAGCGAACCGAAGCGACCAAGGCUCCUAAAGCCU